UCACAAGUGAGUGAAAGCUCAGGGGCCGCAGCGUUUUGAAAGCGGUGCCAUCCGCACACCACCUGACCUGCCAGAUCACUCAGUGCCGAAAUUUUCAGGGGUCCGUGUUUAAUUUUUUUGGCAGAGUAAAAUGUUGUCUGGAUGACUGCAAAGCGCCCGCCCCCCCCACCCUCCCCUCGUCUGAAACACACUAGAGGACGAUUCUUCAAGUGCAUUUUUAUGGAAUAAAACCAGCCAUCAUGUCAGGGAAGUCAGAUGGGAAAAAAAAGUGGGCAGCAGUCAGGGGUCGCUUGGGCUCCUCGCAGGACUCGGAUACUGCGCCGGAGGCCAACCUGGAGAGUGCUGACCCAGAGCUGUGCAUCAGGCUGCUGCAAGUUCCCACUGUGGUCAACUACUCGGGGCUGAAGCGUCGCCUGGAGGGCAGCGACCAGACAUGGAUGGUCCAGUUCCUGGAGCUGAGCGGGUUGGAUCUCCUCCUGGAGGCCCUGGACCGGCUCUCAGGGCGGGGGUGUUCUCGCAUUGCAGACGCCCUCCUGCAGCUUACCUGCGUCAGCUGCGUCCGCGCGGUCAUGAAUUCCUCUGCAGGGAUCCACUUCAUUAUAGAGAAUGAGGGACACAUUCGGAAGCUCUCCCAAGCCUUGGACACUUCCAACACCAUGGUGAAGAAGCAGGUUUUUGAUCUCCUUGCCGCCCUCAGCAUGUUCUCUGCAGAUGGCCAUCGCCUGGCACUGGAUUCCCUGGAUCACUACAAGGGCGUGAAGACGCAGCAGUAUCGCUUCAGUGGGAUCAUGAAUGAGCUGCAGGCCACAGAUAAUGUCCCUUACAUGGUUACACUCCUCAGUGUCAUCAACGCCCUCAUCUUCGGGACAGAUGACCUCAGGAAGAGAGAUAAGAUGAGAAAGGAGUUUAUCGGGCUUCAGUUACUUGAUAUUCUGCCAAAGUUGAGGUGA